AUUCCCGCUUCUCCAUGCUAACACAGUGGAAUGAAGGGUAGUUGUGGAAUUUAGGAAGCAACGACCUUUGAGCGUGGCCAAAUCACAAAAUCUGAUAGUAAUAGUCUCCGUUGUUGCGCUAAUACCUCUCGCUUUCUCCUACUGCCAGCGCUUUCUCCCGUCUGACCACUGACCAGGGAAUUGUUGUCUGCAAUGGUCUUCUUCAGGAGCGUCUCUGCGCUCUCCAAGCUCCGUUCUCGCCUUGCGCAACCGUCUAGUCUCAACGGUUCCGUACGAUGGCUUCAAGUCCAAACCUGUUCUGAUCUUGACCUUCAUUCCCAGUUGAAGGAAUUGAUUCCAGAACAACAGGAACGCCUGAAGAAACUGAAGGCAGAAUGCGGAAAGAUUCAACUAGGGAAUAUUACUGUUGAUAUGGUACUUGGUGGAAUGAGAGGAAUGACAGGGUUGCUGUGGGAAACCUCGUUGCUUGACCCAGAUGAAGGAAUUCGCUUUAGGGGUAUGUCUAUCCCUGAAUGCCAAAAAGUAUUACCAAAUGCAACACCUGGUGGAGAGCCUCUGCCUGAGGGUCUGCUUUGGCUUCUUUUGACAGGAAAGGUACCGACUAAAGGGCAAGUAGAUGCUUUAUCCAAGGAAUUGAGCACUCGUGCCACUGUUCCAGAUCAUGUUUAUAAAGCCAUAGAUGCCCUACCUCAGUCAGCUCAUCCAAUGACCCAGUUUGCAACGGGUGUCAUGGCCCUUCAGGUUCAGAGUGAAUUUCAGAAGGCAUAUGAGAAGGGGAUUCCAAAAUCAAAGUACUGGGAGCCAACAUAUGAGGAUUCUCUUAGUUUGAUUGCUCAAGUACCAGUUGUAGCUGCUUAUGUUUAUCGAAGGGUAUACAAAAAUGGACAAAUUAUACCCAAGGAUGACUCUUUGGAUUAUGGUGCAAAUUUUUCACACAUGUUGGGAUUUGAUAGUCCAAAAAUGCAAGAGCUAAUGAGGCUUUAUGUCACCAUCCAUAGUGAUCAUGAAGGCGGGAAUGUCAGUGCUCACACUGGUCAUCUAGUUGCUAGUGCAUUGGCAGAUCCUUACCUUUCAUUUGCAGCUGCAUUAAAUGGUCUAGCUGGCCCACUCCAUGGUUUGGCUAACCAGGAAGUUUUGCUUUGGAUCAAAUCUGUGGUGGACGAGUGUGGAGAGAACAUAAGCACAGAACAGUUGAAAGACUAUGUCUGGAAAACAUUAAAAAGUGGCAAGGUUGUUCCUGGGUUUGGGCAUGGAGUUUUGCGUAAAACAGAUCCAAGAUAUAUGUGUCAAAGGGAGUUUGCAUUGAAGCACUUGCCUGAUGAUCCACUGUUCCAGCUGGUUUCAAAGCUUUAUGAAGUGGUGCCUCCUAUUCUUACUGAGCUUGGCAAGGUUAAAAACCCAUGGCCCAAUGUCGAUGCUCACAGUGGGGUCUUGCUGAACCAUUUUGGUUUACACGAAGCACGAUAUUUUACUGUUCUUUUCGGGGUAUCAAGGAGUAUAGGGAUCUGCUCUCAGGUUCUCACUAUGUCCCUCACCUUCUUUUCUCUUCUCCCUUUCCGUAUUUUGUUUGUUUUCUUAAAUCUCUCAUUCUUCCUUCGGGUGCAUCUGAAUCAUUAUUAUUAUUAUUUCUUUUCUCAGUUAAUAUGGGACCGUGCUCUUGGAUUGCCCCUUGAGAGGCCAAAAAGUGUUACAAUGGAAUGGCUUGAAAACCACUGCAAGAAAGCAGCCGCCUAAUUCUAAAACUCGAUAUAGGCAGAGAGUAACAAUGUAAAAUAGUUUUGAUAAUAAUGGCGCAAAAGGUACAGGCUUUGUGGGUGAUGGAGGAAUGCUUAAAGUCGAGAGCUUUGUAAGGUUAUAAGUUGCGCCUUGGGUUCAACCUUCUGGCUGGUGGGAGUUUCUUCCACUAAUUUUGAAUUUAGUUAAACGGUUUAAUUCUUGUUCUUUUAGUUCUAAAUUGUUUGGUUUUCACGGGUUUUCAAUGGUGUAUUUGAGGAAAACAUCAAUUGGGGUUUAAUGACCUUUGAAUAAAUGCAGUUUUAAUAUGGUCA